AUGAGGGCCAAGCCCGACGUGAUUCGAAAGUGUUUGUGGCCGGCGUGCCUCAUGGGUCUGUUUGUCACGGGCAUUGUCUCUCAGGACUGUAACCUGUUGAACGCUCACCUGAGGAGAGUCUCCUGGCAAAAUCUGAGACUUCUGAGCAGAAUGAGCCAUUCGUUUCCCAUAGAGUGUCUAACAGAAAGCAAAGCUUUUGAGUUGCCCCAAGAGAUCCUAUCACACACGCAGCCUCUGAAAAGGGACAUCCAGGAAGCCUUCUAUGAAAUGUCCAUUCGGGCUUUCAACAUCUUCACCCAGGACACCUUCAAAGCCACUUGGGAAGAGAAACUCCUCAGACAAGUCCAGAUGGGACUUGACCAGCAGUUGCAGGUCCUGGAACAAUGCUUGCAGGAGGAAGAGGAAGAAAAUGAAGACAUAAAAGAGAUGGACGAGGUUGAGAGGAAACCCUCGGGAGCGACGGUCCCCCCCUCGCACAGCCUUGAACUGAGGCGGUAUUUCAACAGGAUAGACAAGUUUCUCAAAGAUAAGGAACACAGUCAUUGUGCCUGGGAGAUCGUCCGGGUGGAAAUCAGAAGAUGUUUCUACUUCUUUCAGAAAUUUACAGCACUUCUCAGGAGGAAAUAA